AUGGAAGGAGUGGACUCGGAGUGGAACAACGACACUGGUGCCGUUAAGUCUCAAAUGGAAUCUCUGAACAACGACAGUGGAUACCAGUCUGACACGUCAGAACAAGCAGGGCUGAUGGGAAAUUUGCCAGUUUCAGCUGAUGGCAGAAGACUAUCCACCACAUACACCCUUCAAGCAGCUGAAUCAAAGCCUCUCGUACUAUGUGGGAUUGAGUCCAUGACACUGGUGGCAAAUACAAGGGAAUACAACAAUUUGAAGGUAGAUGGCGUGAGUGAUGCCCCCCUUUACCUGUCUGAGUUGCCCUCUUCCUGUGGACACACUUUUAAAAUGACGCCAAAUAAUCUUGUCUUAAAGACGCCCUAUGAUGGAUGCUUUAUUGCAAAAAAGGGUGAUAAGUACAUCAUGCCAUUGCUCUGGUGGGAGAGCCCUGUGAACAUAUCCUGCCCUGUCACAGUAACCCCGACUCCCUUUCCUCCUCCUCCUCCUCCUCCUCUGCCUUUCCCCCCUCCUUAUCUCUUUCAUCCCCCUGUCAUCUGCGCCCCUUUUGGUAUGAAUCUGAACCUUGAAGGAGGGCUGAAUGCAGCCGAGAGGUUUGAGGUCGAGUUGGGGGGCAAGAAGGUGCCCUUUUUAUCCUCACAAUGUGGCUACCAUGUAAUUGGUAACCCUGGACAACCGAUCAUACAUGUUCCAUAUAGUGCGUGUGGGAUGAAAAUGAAGGAUGGAAUGCAUGUCCUCUCCCUUUAUUCUGGAAAGACAGGGAAGAUCUUUGCUUGUCCUCUAUCCCUCAUCUCCUCUCCUCUAUUCUCACAUUCUGUUGUACCAAUUUACGGCCAUUCCAGCCCUUCUGCUGGUCCUCAGGCAUGCAUCAAAUGGCUUUUCCAGGUUGCACACCUUUAG